AUGCCGUCCAAUCCAAGCCGCAAGAAGGCUGAAUCCUCAUCUACCAUGGCAGGCCCAUCCGCAAAAUCUGCCAAAUCGUCGAAGCCAGCGGGCAAACGAGAAACGACAGAGUCUAUCUCGCACAAGACAUCGCGUCUGCCGUCCUCCAAAUCAAAAGCAGCAACAAAGCGCAAGGCGGUGCUCGGUCCACAGGCAAUCAAGCUCGGCGGUCCAGCCGCCCAGGCCUUCUAUCUCAACGUCGACUUACGGCGGAAGCUACUCAACCAGCUGGACUCGUACACAUUGACGCGUGUGAUGAGGGCGGAGAAAGGGGCGGUAGAAAGUGUGGCGGAGGUGCUGUAUCAUACGGUGCAUAUAUCUCGGGUGGAGAGUAUGAACCGAGAAACCCCCGCUCGAGCGCUGUACUGCAACGCGGUACGCCACAUCGACCUCAGCGUUCCCCCACACACCGCCGAGACCUACAAUCCCUUCUUGUCCGGCUUCAAACCACCCCUCGAUGCACCCCCUCAUCCCGAGAAGAUCCACCGAGACGUUGCCGCGUGGAGGGCGAAGUUCCCUCAUCUACGCUCGGUGCGGAACGAGUUCCCGGAGUACGACGUGGACCAUGUCUUUGUCGUCCACGUCGACGGGGACAAGCUCACGCUUGACCUCGAAUGGGCGGGAGAGCUAAACGUCCUCCGGGAUCGCUUCCCCGAGCAAGGGGUACCCUACCUCCCCUAUGACCCUUUCGGAUUUGGCGAUUUCGGCGGAAUCAAGGUCAAUCACACUGUGGCGCCCCAGCUCACUGUGACGAGCCGGUACGACCGCGAUCCAUGGGACGAGGAGGAGGAGGAUAGCGACGAAGAGGAGGAAGGGAUUAAGAGCAUCAGGGCGUACAGGAAAUGGCUGUACACCGACCCAAAGCUCGACGGGAACCUCACUCGGAUCAUCAUCCAGGAUCAAGUCGACAUGGCAAUGUACUUCAAGCCCAUGUCGUUUAGCGAGGCGCUUCGGUUCCUCUUGAAUCGGCGGAAGGAGGGGUGCAGUCUCAUGAGGGAGUUCAGCAUUCCCCCCUUGUACGAGGAAGACGAUUCGGAGGAUGAUGAUGAUGACGAUUCGGAGGAGGAGGGGGAUGAGGAUGACGCUGGGCGAGGCGGACCGCAGGAGAUUCCCUCGCGGGAGGAUCUGCGAAAGAUGGUCGACCUCAUCGGACCGGACCUCCGGAUCCUGCAUGUGGAUGCAUCUGCGCUCGAGCUCGCUGGCGGCGGCCACGCCCUCUUUUCCCUGCUCGACAAAGCCUUCCCUCGCCUCCAGGUUCUCCACCUCCAGCGAUUCAUACUAUCCGAUUUCCUACCCAAAUACUGGGGCAUGUCGCAUCUACGAAAGAUGAUCUUGGAGGGAUCAGAGAUACGCGGUGCACACCGCAUACGUGACGCAGCAAAGUUCGGUCGCGCAUCGCGCGGGAUUGGGAGGGAGGAUUGCCUGUUUCAAAACAACGCCGAAAUAAAGGAAAAAUCGAAGAAAGACUUCAACGAUCUCGCAAGGCGUCAGCGAUCGUGA